ACUGUCGCCUCCGACAAUCUUAUCAUCUUGAUAACGAAUGCAGUGCUGUAUUCGAAAUAGCACGUCGUUCAGUCAAGCUCUAUACUAUACGUGCAACAUCGAAUCUUAGUAGCGCGUAAUAAUCUCCUCAUCCUUGUGUAUUAUACAUUUCGGAGAUGGUUAGUAAUCGAGGGCCAAGACUGGGCUUCAUAGAUCAUAUAUGAUUGGCGCAAUUGAAUAUUAAACGAGCCUUCCGCCUACGGCCAGUCGCAGGCACUAGUCGCGUCACAAAUUUCGAUCGGUCGGGUUCGUCGUUGCGGUUUUCCAAGCAUAAAACGCGCGCGGAGUUGAGGGUUAAAUCGAAUUUGCAUAAUGUCCGAUCCUACCGGUGAGGAAAUCCUGCAACCCGGUCAAUUGAUCAGACCCAAAGCUGAUUCGAAAACCGCCGCAGAUCUGGUCCACCGUUUGUACGGAUUGAAGGCGAAGCUUGUCUCCGAGCUGAACGCCUACGACGACAUGAAUUUUCGCGUCCUUUGCGAGGAGGAGUUUCAAAAUCCUGGGAUAACCGGCGUCGAGAGGGACGGCUACGUUCUCAAAAUCACAAACUCUCUCGACUCGAGGAAGACCGAAUUCGUCGAGGGACAAACCGCGAUGCUAGACUUCCUCGAGGCUAACGGAAUAAGAGCUCCAAAGCCCGUGAAGAAUUUAAAAAACCGCUUCUACUCCCUGGAGAUCGUCGGCGACGGAGCGGAGAAACACGUCGUCAGACUCCUGACUUACAUACCCGGAGAUCUUCUCCAUCGGCACGCCGAUCCGUCGGACGAGUUGCUAACGGAUGUCGGGCGAUUCGCUGCGGAGCUCGACGAGGCUCUGAAAAGGUUUCAUCACCCGGCUUACGACCAGCACCGCACCCUCUGGAUGCUGAGCUCUGUACCCAGGCUGAGGGACUUCGUCCACGCGGUCGAUGAUGCCCGGCGAAGACGCCUGGUGAACGAGGUGAUCGUCAAGUUCGUGGAGGAAGUUAUGGGGGGGAUGGAGAGGCUGGAGAAAGGCAUAAUUCACGGCGACCUUAACGAGCAGAACAUCCUCGUCGACGACGAAGGGAAAAGAGUGCUGGCCAUUCUCGACUUCGGGGAUUCCCAAAAGUCUUGUUUGAUAUUCGAGAUCGCGAUCGCGCUUUGCUACAUGCUGCUUCAGGCGAAAGAUAUUUCCAGAGGGAAACACGUCCUGAGAGGGUAUCGCGCUGUUAGGAGAAUACCGGAAGUUGAAAUGAACGUUUUGAAAACAUGCGUGUGCGGUCGGCUCUGCCAGAGCCUCGUGCUUGGCGCUUAUUCGCAUUUAAACGAUCCGGGGAACGAGUAUCUUCUGUAUACUCAAAAGAGCGGAUGGUCGCUUUUGGAGGAGCUUUGGGAAUUGAGUAACGAUGCGCUUAUGCAACUUUGGGAAUGA